AUGGAGGGGUGGUUUUUGUGCUUGUCAGCCCCUGUCCCUCACCUGUUCCCUCCCCUCACACACCUUGAACCCUCACUCUCACCCACCUUCUGCCCCACCCACCUUCUGCCCCUCACCUCCUGUCUCUCGCCUGCUGCCGCUCACCUUGAGCCCGGGCGAGUGGCCGAGCAGCAGCUGCGCCUUGGGGCCGAAGAGGAUGUGCGCCAUGUCAGCCGUCCACGCGCUGCGCACCUCGUGCUCCCCCGGGAAGAACACCACGCGCCCCUCCCCCCUCACAAGGAGGCGAUUGACAUGAGAGAGGGAGACAAGGAGGCGAUUGACAUGAGAGAGGGAGACAAGGAGGCGAUUGACAUGAGAGAGGGAGACAAGGAGGCGAUUGACAUGAGAGAGGGAGACAAGGAGGCGAUUGACGUGAGAGAGGGAGACAAGGAGGCGAUUGACAUGAGAGAGGGAGACAAGGAGGCGAUUGACAUGAGAGAGGGAGACAAGGAGGCGAUUGACGUGAGAGAGAGAGACAAGGAGGCGAUUGACGUGAGAGAGGGAGACAAGGAGGCGAUUGACGUGAGAGAGGGAGACAAGGAGGCGAUUGACGUGAGAGAGGGAGAGAAGGAGGCGAUUGACAUGAGAGAGGGAGACAAGGAGGCGAUUGACAUGAGAGAGGGAGACAAGGAGGCGAUUGACGUGAGAGAGGGAGACAAGGAGGCGAUUGACGUGAGAGAGGGAGACAAGGAGGCGAUUGACAUGAUAGAGGGAGACAAGGAGGCGAUUGACAUGAGAGAGGGAGACAAGGAGGCGAUUGACAUGAGAGAGGGAGACAAGGAGGCGAUUGACAUGGGAGAGGGAGACAAGGAGGCGAUUGACAUGAGAGAGGGAGACAAGGAGGCGAUUGAUAUGAGAGAGGGAGACAAGGAGGCGAUUGAUAUGAGAGAGGGAGACAAGGAGGCGAUUGACAUGAGAGAGGGAGACAAGGAGGCGAUUGAUAUGAGAGAGGGAGACAAGGAGGCGAUUGACAUGAGAGAGGGAGACAAGGAGGCGAUUGACGUGAGAGAGGGAGACAAGGAGGCGAUUGACGUGAGAGAGGGAGACAAGGAGGCGAUUGACAUGAGAGAGGGAGACAAGGAGGCGAUUGACAUGAGAGAGGGAGACAAGGAGGCGAUUGAUAUGAGAGAGGGAGACAAGGAGGCGAUUGACAUGAGAGAGGGAGACAAGGAGGCGAUUGAUAUGAGAGAGGGAGACAAGGAGGCGAUUGACAUGAGAGAGGGAGACAAGGAGGCGAUUGACGUGAGAGAGGGAGACAAGGAGGCGAUUGACGUGAGAGAGGGAGACAAGGAGGCGAUUGACAUGAGAGAGGGAGACAAGGAGGCGAUUGACAUGAGAGAGGGAGACAAGGAGGCGAUUGACGUGAGAGAGGGAGACAAGGAGGCGAUUGACGUGAGAGAGGGAGACAAGGAGGCGAUUGACAUGAGAGAGGGAGACAAGGAGGCGAUUGACAUGAGAGAGGGAGACAAGGAGGCGAUUGACAUGAGAGAGGGAGACAAGGAGGCGAUUGACAUGAGAGAGGGAGACAAGGAGGCGAUUGACAUGAGAGAGGGAGACAAGGAGGCGAUUGACAUGAGAGAGGGAGGCAAGGAGGCGAUUGAUAUGAGAGAAGGAGACAAGGAGGCGAUUGACAUGAGAGAGGGAGACAAGGAGGCGAUUGAUAUGAGAGAGGGAGACAAGGAGGCGAUUGACAUGAGAGAGGGAGACAAGGAGGCGAUUGAUAUGAGAGAGGGAGACAAGGAGGCGAUUGACAUGAGAGAGGGAGACAAGGAGGCGAUUGACAUGAGAGAGGGAGACAAGGAGGCGAGAUUGACAUGA